AUAGGGAAAAAUUCAAUUCUGAAAGGUAAAACAGCAUUAGCCUAAAGAAAGCAGCGCCACCAUACAUACAAAAACCAUACCAUACGAAAGAAAUUGGCUGAAGAAAUAUAUUUGCAUUCUUUUGGUUUGGGCUAAGAAAACAAAAUUAAAACCAAGAAGACGCAAUCUUGUUAGCUGAGAAAUGGGAAAGAAGAGACAGAAGAAAGGAGAAGAACAACAACGGCAAAACCCUAAUAUUGCUGAAGCUACUAGGAUUCGAAUAUCUCAAGUACUCCAGCACUUUCGUGUCAAAAAAGAUGAUGUGUAUACCUUUGAUGCCAAUCUGUCGAAUCAUGAACGUGCUGUGGUGCAUGAGGUUUGCAGGAAAAUGGGUAUGAAAUCCAAAAGUUCUGGACGUGGGAAUCUGCGACGUGUUUCUGUUUACAAAGCUAAAAAAGGUGUGGAGAAAGUGAAGGAGAGGGACAAUCAAACUAAAUUGAUGUUUUCAAAAGAGUCAAAAGGGGUUUUGCAAGAUUUAUUUACACGCUACCCACCUGAUGAUGGAGAGUCUGGAGAGAAAUUAGUUGCAAAACAUGGUGGGAAGAAUGAUAAAAAGCACGGAAAAAGAGACGAUAUUUUCUGCAAGCCUUCGAUGAACAAGGCAGAAAUUGCAAAGAAGGUGGAAUCGCUUGCAUCUAUGAUAGAGAAGGAUGCAAACUUGAGACAGGUUACUGAACAGAGGUCAAAUCUUCCAAUUGCAUCCUUCAAGGAUGUCAUUACUUCCACAAUAAAAUCUAACCAGGUUGUCCUCAUAUGUGGUGAAACUGGAUGUGGAAAGACAACACAGGUGCCACAAUAUCUGUUAGACCAUAUGUGGGGUAAGGGUGAAACAUGUAAAAUAGUGUGUACUCAACCUCGACGUAUCUCUGCUACAUCAGUUGCUGAGAGAAUAUCUUAUGAAAGAGGAGAAAAUGUUGGAGAAAAUAUUGGAUACAAGAUUCGGCUUGAAAGUAAAGGUGGGAGGCACUCGUCAAUUGUGUUCUGCACAAAUGGGGUUCUUUUGAGAUUGUUGGUCUUUAAUGGUGGUAAUAGGUCGAAGGAAGUUUCUAACCGAGCAAAGGAUGAUGUUUAUUCAAUAACUCACAUUAUUGUGGAUGAAAUUCAUGAAAGGGAUCGCUACUCUGAUUUCAUGUUAGCAAUUAUGAGAGACAUGCUUCCUGUGUAUCCCCAUCUUCGACUGAUAUUAAUGAGUGCGACUCUUGAUGCUGAUAGAUUUUCUCAAUAUUUUGGUGGCUGUCCAAUCAUUCGUGUCCCUGGGUUCACUCAUCCUGUAAAAAGUUUCUAUUUGGAAGAUGUACUUGCCAUCCUGAAAUCCACAGAAAGUAAUCACCUUGACUUUGCUGUCUCAAAUGACCCAGAUGAGGACCCUGAGUUAACAGAGGAAGAUAAGAAUACUUUAGAUGAAGCUAUGAAUUUGGCUUGGUCAAAUGAUGAGUUUGAUAUGCUACUAGAUUUGGUUUCUUCUGAAGGAGCCCCAAAGAUCUACAAUUACCAGCAUUCUUUGACUGGUCUAACACCAUUAAUGGUAUUUGCUGCGAAGGGUAGAGUGGGUGAUGUUUGCAUGCUCCUCUCUCAUGGUGCAGACUGCCAUUUAAAGGCCCAAGAUGGAAGUACAGCAUUAGAGUUGGCUGAACAAGAAAACCAGCAAGAAGUGGCUCAAAUAAUUAAAAAACACAUGGAAGUUGCCCUUUCAGACUUGACAAAACAACGGCUACUGGAUAAAUAUCUAGCAACUGUCAACCCCGGACUUAUAGAUCUUGUUCUUUUAGAGCAGUUACUAAGAAAAAUCUGCAAAGAUUCAGAAGAUGGAGCUAUCCUUGUUUUUCUUCCAGGGUGGGAAGACAUAAAUAGAACUCGGGGGAGAUUGCUUGCAGAUGCUUUAUUCAGAGAUAAUUCCAAAUUUGUUAUAAUAUCUCUGCAUUCUAUGGUUCCAUCUGUGGAGCAAAGGAAGGUCUUUAAACGGCCACCUCUUGGUUGUCGGAAAAUUGUUCUUUCAACCAAUAUUGCUGAAACCGCCAUUACCAUUGAUGAUGUUGUGUAUGUUAUAGAUAGUGGUCGAAUGAAAGAAAAAAGUUAUGAUCCUUACAAUAAUGUGUCAACUCUUCAAUCAUCUUGGGUUUCUAAAGCAAGUGCGAAGCAGAGAGAGGGCCGUGCAGGCCGAUGUCAGCCAGGAAUCUGUUAUCAUCUAUAUUCUAAACUUCGAGCUGCUUCUUUGCCUGAUUUCCAGGUUCCUGAAAUUAAGAGGAUGCCAAUUGAGGAACUUUGUUUGCAGGUGAAGUUGCUUGAUCCAAAUUCCAAAAUCCAAGAUUUCUUGCAGAAGACAUUGGACCCUCCAGUUCCUGAAACCAUACACAACGCAAUCACUGUUCUUCAAGAUAUCGGAGCUUUGUCACUUGAUGAAGAAGUUACUUCACUUGGCGAGAGGCUAGGUUGUCUUUCUGUUCAUCCACUAAUGAGCAAGAUGCUUUUCUUUGCCAUAAUGAUGAACUGUCUAGACCCAGCUCUGACAUUGGCAUGUGCUUCUGACUAUAGGGAUCCAUUUACCAUUCCUAUGUUACCGAAUGAAAAGAAGAGAGCCACUGCUGCUAAAUUUGAGCUUGCUUCAUUGUAUGGUGGGCAGAGUGAUCAGCUAGCAGUCAUAGCAGCUUUUGAGUGCUGGAGGAAUGCAAAACAGAGGGGUCAAGAAGCCCGGUUUUGUUCUCAGUAUUUCGUCUCUUCAAGCAUCAUGAACAUGCUGCUUGGUAUGCGUAAGCAGCUUCAGACAGAAUUAAUUAGGAAUGGGUUUAUUCCAGAAGAUGUCUCAAGCUGUAGCCAGAAUGCGCGUGUCCCAGGCAUACUACAUGCAGUCCUUGUGGCUGGUUUGUAUCCAAUGGUGGCAAGGUUGCGUCCACCUCAUAAAAAUGGAAAACGAUUUGUAGAGACAGCAAGUGGUGCUAAAGUUAGAUUGCACCCACAUUCCAUAAAUUUCAAAUUAUCCUUUCGGAGAACUGAGGAUUGUCCAUUAUUUAUGUUUGAUGAGGUUACCCGAGGGGAUGGGGGUAUGCACAUAAGAAAUUGUAGUGUUGUUGGGCCACUGCCACUGCUGCUGCUUGCGACAGAGAUUGCUGUGGCUCCUGCACAAAGUAAUGUGGAUGAUGAUGCAGAUAAUGAUGUGAGUGAUGAUGAUGCUGAUGAAGAGGACAGUGAUGAGGAUGGUAUGGAGGUGGAUAAUAAGACAGGAGGACAUGGAGAGAAUAUUAUGUCAUCUCCUGAUAAUUCAGUUAUAGUUUAUGUGGAUCGGUGGCUUUGUUUUGUAUCAACAGCGAUUGAUGUUGCCCAAAUCUACUGCCUAAGAGAACGAUUAUCAGAAGCGAUCUUAUUCAAAGUAACACAUCCCCGGGAAGUUCUUCCUCCAGUUCUUGAGGCUUCUAUGUGCACAAUAGCCUCAAUACUGUCUUAUGAUGGACUUUCUGGAAUCUCAUUUCCAUCAGAACCUGUGGAUUCGAUCACUUCGAUGAUACAAGCAACCGAGAUUGAUAAUUCCAUGGGCGGGAGAAGUAGAGAUACAGGUCAUAGUCCAAAUAGCUUUCUUAAGUCACUUAUGAGCCACAACACCCACCAAAAAACACCUUUGCACAAUCACAGAAACAAGGAACAUUUCAAAGGAACAAGAAAAGGAAAUGGAUCAUCAAACAGUUAUGAUAGUAAGCCGCCAGUAGGGUCUGGUUCUUCAGCCAUGUACGUUCCACAUGGUCCUAGGGGAGAGUCUUUCAAGAGGCAACGCGGGAGUGGGUCUAAAGUGCACUGGUAAUUCAAUUACAUUUGAUCUGACUGUUGUUGUAGACAAGAAAGAUUUUGGUAACGCAGCUCUCCACUAACCGGUGACAGUGCAGAUGUUUUGUUACUAUGAAUAUUCUAUGGUCUUUAAGAAACUAGUCUUUUUUUUUUAAA